GCGUCAUCCUGGCAGAUGUUUCUCAGUAUGCUGUUCAUCACCUGGUAACCUUCUCCAUUGGGGAAGAGGAUGACCUGGCAUCUGUGGAGGAUGCCACCAGGAAACUGUCCAUCAUGGAUGCCCAAGGGAAGAUCUGGGUUCAGGAGAUGUUGCUUCAGGUCAAUGGGUCAGCCAUUAAACUCUUUGACAUAGACUCAAAGGAGGAGCUGGAGAACUAUGGAUUGGCUGCUGUGGCUCGUUGUGAGGCUGUUAGGCCUGAGUCCCGUUCCCGGCCUUUGCUUCUGCUUGUGUGCCAGGAGCCCCAUCAGCUCAAACCUGAUGUCCACUUCUUUGAGUGUGACCACGCUGGGGCAGAACUCAUCCAGCAGGACAUCAACAGUGCUCUGCUGGACUUCAAGUCGGGGGGAAAUGCCCAGCGGAAGGACGCGCUCAGAGCUGCCCAAAGUUGUCUCAGAGAUCAGGCAGGAAAGGCUGAGGAGGCCCCCCCUGCAGCCCAGCAGGUGCCUUCCAGGAUCAAGAUCAUCGCACCCGAGCAAAAAGAUGAUGACGUCUUGGCCAGUGAGUCUAAACUGACCUUUCUUCGUGCAGAGCGUGAUGUGGAACUGUUGAACCGGGUUUUUGAUGAUGUGGAAGCCUUUGUGGGGAAGCUGCAGAAAUCCGCCGAAGCUUUCCGUGUGCUGCAGCACCGCCAGCGCUCUGCAAAGAGACGUCGUCGAGAGCCAGGCGAGGGGCUCCUGACAAUCCGAGCUCGACCCCCUUCCCAGGAGGAGUUUGAGGAUACUCUGGCAAAGAUUAAAUACUCCUUCAGCCUUUUGGCAAGACUGAAGUCUAACAUCACAAACCCUACUUCAGAGGAGCUGAUACAUUUCCUCUUCCGUCCCUUGAAGAUGAUCGUGGAGAGUUCUGGAGGCCCUGCAUUUGCCUCUGAAAUACGCAGCCCCCUGCUGACCCUGGAGGCAGUGACCCUGAUGCGUGGCUGCCUGGGGGAAGGGGAAACCGAGCUGUGGCAUUCGCUGGGCAAAAACUGGACCAGGCCAAGAGUGGACUUUCCCGCAGAUUAUGCAGCUCCGUACACACCAACUUUCUGGAGUGGUUGGAAGCCCCCAUCCCUGGACCCUUCUGGACAGCCCUGGGAAGAUCCGGUGGAGGUGCAACACCGCCAUGAAGCACUCCGUGCUCAGCAAUCAGCUCCUACAAUUGCAGCCAAUGGACACAGGAACCCAGGAAGCAAGUCAGUGAUCUGCACCCAUGACUUCUCAGCUAGAAAUGACAAUGAAUUAUCUGUGCUUCAAGGAGACAUUUUGGAGGUUCUGGAUGACAGUAAGAAAUGGUGGAAAGUUCAAAAUCGCUAUGGUCAAGUUGGUUACGUCCCUUACAAUAUCCUUACUCUUGUUAUGCUUGGAGAUCAUCCUGGAGAGGAUUCCAACACCCAGAAGCACAAGACAACUAUAGAGAUCAAUGGAACCGGUCCUGUGAAUGCCACGAAAACUCCACCCCAGCCACCCCCGAAGACCAACGUUUUGUACGCAAAUGGCAAAAAAUGGGCUAGCGCUGAGGGGCUUAACAUGAACCUAAGUGAGCGAGAACGCUUCAGCACUGUCAAUGAGGAGCUUGCCCAGAGACUGGCCAAUGGGCUGAAUAACCAUAGUAAGACCCUUCAUAUCCAGCGUGCUGCAGACACCGAUGUGCCUUUAGGAUACGAUUCAGAUUCUGCUCAAGUCCGGACCUGGUUAGAAGCCAAAGGUUUCAGCCCGCUGACUGCAAGUGCCUUUGGAGUUCUGAAUGGAGCUCAGCUCUUCUCCCUGAACAAAGAGGAAUUCAAAGCCGUCAGCUCAGAGGAAGGAUCACGAGUCUACAGCCAAGUCGCCAUCCAGAGAGCCCUGUUGGAGGAUUCUGGGAAAGUAUCCGAACUAGAAGCAGUGAUGAAGAAACAAAAAAUGAAAGUGGAAGGAUUGCCUGGAUAAGAGAUCUCUCUGUUAUGAUGUAGGGAUGCCCUCUGGUGAAGCAAUGUGGAACUGCAGGGUGACGGGCUCAGAUGUCACACCAGCCUCCUCAAACUGGCCUAUUCAUAGCCACCAAAAUUCACCUUGAAUAGGAAGAGUUAUCUGAUCUUUUUGCUGUGGUUAUUGCACACAUUUUAUGUUUCUGUACUCUUGCAAAGGGAUUGUUCUCUCCAAAUUCUAUGCAAGAUUAAUCAAAUCUCUCUGUAAAACAUAGCUAGUGAGGAACAAUUUUCUCUUGCUUAGGUACUCCACCCACUCCAUCCCCACCCAAAUGGGAAGAAAGGAAAAGUGGCAUCCACCCUC